AUGGAGAUUAGCAGUGGGAAAGCAGUCAAAAAAGCGAGCCCGGAGGGAAGAUCUGAAGAAGGUGGUGGAUUAAGAUCUCCUGACCGUGUGGCGAGGUCGGGUGAGGUGGCAAAGGAGGAUCGGCUGCUGGCGCGCCACCGCACAGGCUCCAAAAAGGGGCUGAGUGAAUAUAAGAGAAACUUCAGAUGGAAAGCCCCAGAGUUUUGUAGCCCGUCCCAGCAACAGAAAUCCUUGUGGGCAGGACUUCGGUCGGAUCAGUUUGGAAUCACAAGAGAACCAAACUUCAUUUCCAAGAGAAGGGUACCUCAUCAUAAUCCACAGAUUUCGAAGUCCUUUGAAUGGCCAGCAGAUUGUGAUUUGAAUGACCCACUUGAAACUGAAGCUCUUAAGACUGCAGAGUUGCACACAGACCACAACAACAAUGACGUGACUCAGGAAAAAAUUGAGAUGCCAGAAGGACCCAGUCUCCCCCCAAAAGUUCAGUCACAUUUGGUGGAUUCUAGAGGUGAAACAGCUCUUGCUCUUGCAGAAAACAACAUGAAGAGAUCACCCUCUGCAGCUCCACCAGAUCAAAAUGAAGCAUUUUCAUCUCCAAGAAAGGAAUUAGAAAAAAUGGGUAAUGGGCUUCACAGAGUCCUUCAGAGGAAAGCAGGCAUGAAUAUUUCACGUUUAAAUACUUUCCCCAGAAAUUCUGAAUAUCAAAGCCAAUUUGUUUGGAAGAGUCCUCAUGAAAAGUCACCAAUACUUGCAGCUGAACAGUUUCUCUUCAAUUUUAAAAGGGAAGAACCGUUUCAAAAGCCAGCAGAAGAUGCAGCAAAACAAGGGAAAUCAGAACAGAAACAUCCUAAACAAAAAAAUAAGCAACAUAUCAGUCCAAAGCCCCUCUCUUUACAUGCAAGUCGUGGGAGGAUGAACACUGAAUACAGGUCAAAAUUUUUGUCUCCAGCCCAGUAUUUCUACAAAGAUGGAGCUUGGUCUCGUAUUAGGAGUAAAGUUCCCAACCAGGCAUCUCAAAACACCUUAAAUUCCAUGUGGUAUAUGGAGGUGAGAGAACUUCGAGAAAGAGCAAAGGCUUACAGGCAGCGAGUAGAGGGAACACACUUCUCCCGAUACCAUCUCAAUCAGAUCCUGUCUGAUAAUAACAGUCUUUGGGAUGUGUCCUCAAAUUCCAGUUCAGAAGAAGGCAUCAGCAACAACAUCAGAGCAUUAGAUCUUGCUGGAGUUUCUGAAAAAGAGACUGCACCAAGCCCCAAAAUGCUGGAGCAACCUGACUCCAGAGAACAGCCACACCAGAACAGCACUGAGAAGAAAGACAAGUCAGAUGCUUUAACUGUUCCAGUCAAAAGGCGUUUGGUUUGGGGUGAACAAGAAGGUACUGAAGAAAGGGAGAAUCGACAAUCAACAGGAGAGGAAGAAAACCAAGGUGAACAGGCUGCAGUCGUGACUCAGAAGUUGGAAGAAAACAAUAAGGUUGCCAAUGAAGAUAAGAAAAUUGAAGGUGAGAAUACCUUAGUAUUGAGUUCUUCUCCAGCUGUAUCAGAUUCUUCUUCUGUAUCCUCAAGGACAGGUGGCAGGCUUCCUACUCCGAAGCUGAGGGCGCUUGGUGGAGUUCAGAGGACUCAUCAUGAUCUCACUACCCCAGCUGUUGGAGGUGCGGUUCUAGUGUCUCCACCUAAACUCAAGUCUUCAUCUUCACAGCAGAGAACACAAGGUUUAGGAUCAGACCCUUCUUCAGCUAAGCAAGGUGCAAGAGGAGCUUCAAAAAGAUCUGUACAGCCUGAUGUGGAAGUAGAAGCUGUUUCACACCUUACCUCCCCACCUGCUGGGCUGGGAACUUUGGAUCCUCUGCCACUUAGGCGGGAUCUGUGGCCUCCUAACAGAGUUUCUGAUGAGCAAGUUCCUCUUGCUUCAGCCCAUCAAGAGCAUUCCUGUACACCUCCUGUGCUGAAGUCAGGCAAAAGCUGCUUAAUGAAUUGCUGGAGUCCCUCUCGUCGUAUUCAAGGAACUCUCAAAGAUCCAGAAUUCCAGCAUAAUGGGAAUGUUGGCAAUCCAAAACCUAGAUCUUUCCAGUUACCCCUCCAGGAAAGAAACUAUAAUGAUGAAGAUGACAGGUUGUCUCAGAUUUCUGCUCGCUCGGCAGCAUCUAGCUCACUUGCAUCUCAGAUACUGGAACGAGCUCAGAAGAGGAAGGAUUUCUGGGGCAAGAAAUAG